AUGAGGCUAUAUAUCGAAAGGCCUAUUUACCUUACCACCCGGCUCAAAUCCGACCAUGCGGCUCUCACCCACGGCAAUCUCACAUCUUCACAUCCCAAUGUUCAUAAAACACCACCCUCUCACCCAUCCCACCACCAUGACCCUUUCAACCACCACCGAUCAACUACCAACAAACUCCCCCAGAGCAUCAUGGCCAAACUCACCCUCCUCACCCUCCUAGGUCUGCUGACCCCAACAGCCCUCUCCCUCCGCCCCUCCCCAGGCUGCGGCAAAACCCCCGCCCUCGUAACCUCCUCCUCCACCACCACCCCCCUCCGAAUAACCUCCAACAACAAACAACGCGAAUUCUUCGUUCGCCUCCCCCAAAACUACAACUCCUCGACCCCCCACCGCCUAAUCUUCACCCUCCACGCCCUAGGCGGCACAGCCCAGCAAGUCAUCGCUGGCCAAGGGGGCUACCUCCCCUACUACGGCCUCCCCCCCCUAGCCAACUCCUCCACCAUCCCAACAGUCUUCGUAAUCCCCAACGGCCUCAACAACGGCUGGCAAAACUCCAACGGCGAAGACGUCACCUUCCUCCGCUCCGUCCUCUCCACCGUCGAGUCAGACCUCUGCGUCGACCAGGACCUCCGCUUCUCCACCGGCUUCUCCUACGGCGCCGCAAUGUCCUACUCGCUCGCCUGCUCGCUCGGGAGGGAGAUCAGGGCCGUGGCCGCGCUGAGCGGGAACCCCCAGAUCAGCGGGUGUGCCGCCGGCUCCGAGCCCGUCGCCUACUACGGCCAGCACGGGACGACGGACAACGUCUUGCCUCUGGCUCAGGCGAGGCAGAUGAGGGAUCGUUUCCUGAAAAAUAACGGUUGCGCCGCCCAGGCUGAGCCGCCCGUCCCGGCGGCGGGAAGUCAGGGGAAGGUCAAGACGGUGUAUACCGGUUGUUUGCCCGACAAGCCCGUCACGUUUGUCGUGUUUGACGGGGGCCAUGUUCCCACCCCCAGGGAGACAGGCGAGAGCGAGACUUUUGCGCACAAGGAGACUUGGGAGUUCUUUAGUCAGUUUACCUGA